UAGUUUUUUUUUUUUCUUUUACCCAGUUAUAAAUGCAAACGCUGUUCACCACAUUUGCUUUCUCUUUACUAUCUCUUUCUCUGGUUUCCUCCAUUGCAAACCAAGCUUUCUUUCCAGCUUUCUGAGCUCUCUCUCCUCCACAUAUACACAACCCACCAACCAUUUCACCCACCUCUGCUUUUAUGGCCCUCUAAAUUAUAUAAUCUCUCUCCUUUUCCUUUUCUCUCUCUCCAUGAAUUGCAUUUUUUUCCCUUGAAAGAUUAGAUUUUUGUCUGGCCUUCAUCAACAUCUCUUUUAUCAUUCUCUCAAUUCUUUUUUGGCCCACUUCAGGCCACAAAGCUCUACUUGUAAACUACUCCUUCUGGGGCUGUUGCCUUUUGUUUUGGCCUAUUGGGUUUUGGUGGGUUUGUGUUAUUUCAGGUCUACAUUGGCCUAUCUAUGCUCAUUGUGUCUCUCUUGCCUAAAAAAGAAGCCCUUUCUUUUCUUCUCUGGGUUCUCAAGGAGGAAGAUCAAGGGGGUUAGCUUAGAUCACCACAAAGGUGGAAAUGUCUUGAGUUUGCAUCACAAGGAGGAAGCACAAUUUUCAUUCUUUGCUACCAGAGCAUCAGAAAUGUCAUCGCAGAAAUCUUUGGACACUGAAUUGUCGAAGAAAUUUCUGGGUCUAAAACUUUGGGUUUUAAUUGGUGUAUGUGUUGGUGCAUUCAUAGUUUUGAUUCUAUGUAUCUUAUCUAUAUGGGUCAUGUUCAGACGAAAAUCUCGAAGAACCCUUGACAAAUUCACCCUUUCUCAAAUACCCAAUGUCUCUAAAGAUAUCAAGGUUGACAGGAUUGGGACUCAGAAUUUUCAUGAUGAAAGUUUAUUCCUUAAUGUCAAUGAUAAAUCAACUGACAGAAAUUCUGAGAAGAUGUAUCAUUUGGGUGUGAGCAAAUCAAGUGAUCCUGACAAUGUCAGCCAGUGCAGCUCCAUUUAUCAUCAUGAGAGAGGCUGUAGUUCACAAUCAGGGGAAGAAGGAAGUUCUGGAACUGUUCGGAAGCAUUCUUCAUUGUCAUAUGGGCUUGCAUCAGCCUCUCCUUUAAUCGGUUUACCAGAAGUGUCUCAUCUUGGUUGGGGCCACUGGUUUACUCUUAGAGAUCUUGAGUAUGCAACAAGUCGUUUCUCAGCUGAAAAUGUGCUUGGGGAAGGUGGAUAUGGAGUUGUCUAUAAGGGCAGACUAAUCAAUGGAGCUGAGGUAGCAGUGAAGAAGCUUCUUAAUAAUCUGGGACAGGCAGAAAAAGAGUUCAGGGUUGAAGUUGAGGCUAUAGGCCAUGUUCGGCAUAAAAAUCUUGUGCGACUUUUGGGCUAUUGCAUAGAAGGAGUUCACAGGAUGCUGGUGUAUGAAUAUGUGAACAAUGGCAACUUAGAACAGUGGCUUCAUGGAGCUAUGCGCCAAUAUGGCAACCUUACUUGGGAGGCCCGCAUGAAGGUUAUUCUUGGUACAGCCAAGGCGCUUGCCUAUUUGCAUGAGGCAAUAGAACCGAAAGUUGUUCAUCGAGACAUAAAAUCAAGCAACAUCUUGAUUGAUGAUGAGUUCAAUGCAAAGGUUUCUGAUUUUGGAUUGGCCAAGCUCUUGGGCUCAGGUGAAAGCCACAUAACGACUAGAGUAAUGGGAACAUUUGGUUAUGUGGCACCAGAAUAUGCUAAUACUGGCUUGUUAAAUGAGAAGAGUGAUAUCUACAGCUUUGGUGUUCUCCUGCUGGAAGCAGUUACUGGAAGGGAUCCAGUUGACUAUGGCCGGCCUGCUAAUGAGGUUAAUCUUGUCGAGUGGCUUAAAGUGAUGGUAGGGACAAGAAGAGCUGAAGAAGUUGUGGAUCCAAACCUUGAAGUUAAGCCCACAACACGUGCUCUAAAACGCGCUCUUCUUGUCGCCCUUAGGUGUGUUGACCCUGACUCAGAAAAGAGACCCAAAAUGAGUCAGGUUGUUCGAAUGCUCGAACAGGAUGAAUACCCAUUUCGUGAGGACCGAAGGAAGAGCCGAACAACCAGCAUGGACCUUGAGUCCAUGAAGGAGAACUCUGGUUCAGGCGACGUGGAGAACAAGGUAAAUGAAUCAGAGUGCCAUACUUCAGAGGCGAUUCAUGGAUAGGACUGACACGGACAUGACAACUGGGUGAAUAAUGCUACUCACCCAAAAUAUAAACACUCAGUAACAGAUCAAUAGAUCAAGGUACUACCUUCCAAAGUUUGUUUUCCAGGGAAAAAAAAAAUGAUGUUUACUGCUUGUAAGAGAGCAAUCUGAUUGAGGAUAAAGCCCAUUUGGAUUCUCCAUUUUUAAAGCAUUGGCUGUUAUUUAAAUGUUACCUUCUCCUGUGUAUUGCCCUACCAGAGGUGCUCUUAAACACAUAAAAACCGGGUAAAAUAUCAGAGAGCUGGAGAGAUUGUUUCUGUACAGAUUUGGAUGGAUGGAUCAUCGGCUGUGCUUUUUUCUUCUUUCUUAUACAUGAUUACUAUUCUUUGUUGUUUUUGACUUGA